GUCUUUUUUAUUAAAAACGUUUAAAUUCCAAAAUCUUUCGUAUAGUUCAGUUCGGUUUCCAAGUUUUCAAGUUUCUCAGUGAUUGUAUGCGACGGUCGUCGUUGUCGCGCGCGUGAACGUGCGAGUGUUGUGUCAAGCCGGUGCGCGAUUAUGCGAUUGAAAGUACAAACAGGAUACGGACAAGUCUCAUAGGAUACUAACGCACAAAUUUGCGGAUCAUCGAUUUUUAACGGUACGCUAAAAAUAUCGAAACGAGAACGGAACGACCGAAUGUGACACUUGAGACUCGGAGAAAUGUUAACGUAAUAAUGUGCGCGUAGUGAAUCGCGAUUGUGACAUCAGGUGAACAGGCGACGCGAUCAAAGGAGAGUUUCUUACCGAAAUAUUUCGCAGAACCAACAGCUUCACCGGUCAAGAACGAGAGUCAACCAAACGGACAACUGCGGGCCCCCGAAGAAGGGUGCCCUGGAGAGAAGAGUAGUCCCAACGUUAGCGAAUUCGUCAAGACGACAGACGCCUCGGUCUAUGGAGAAGGUGGUGACACUAUCAUCCAUUGAGAUGUGAUCCAGAACAUAGGAGGGACACUUAGUAGUUUGUAGUUGGUCCCCAUCUCCCCCCUCUAUCACCCCAUUACCCCACUAGCCCCCUCGUGACUUCUACCACCUACUCUACCUUCCCCUCUCCCCUCAUACACAUGCACGUGUGAUAAUCCACUUCACCGGUAAAGCAACCACCGGAUCAGCAGCUUCUCUCGAAUACGCCGGCUACUCUACCGCUCAACGACACUCCUCCCUCCUUUUUAAUACGAUCCUAAUGAAUUUUUAUCGCCCGCUUUUCUUCAAACAACGUGCCAUACAACCCUCAGCAACCUGUGAUAUAAUACUCGAUGCCUAAUUUACGUAGACGUAGACAUCUAGUCGAAGACUAGAUCAGGCCGAAGGUUUUGUCGUCAAAAGAAAACUGCAAUUCCUAAGACAACGACAAUUUAGCCGACCAGAACAAGCAUUUUAAGCAUUUUAAGCACGAGGAUUUUAGAAGAUUAUAGUACGAGAAGAGAAAAAAGAAACGGAAGACGGCGCCGGAGAAUGUCGACGUGUACCGACGAGGCCGAUAAUGCACCCUGCACUCUCUCACCGGUGCAGGAGGCACCAGUCUCACCAGCGUCCUCCUCUCUGAGCAACCAAAAUCAAAACGAGAACGAGCAGGUCUUGCUGGCGACCAUGCAACCGGUGAACGUGCUCGAUCUGCACGAACCGCCGGCCGUGCACACGCUCCAUCCCAAGUACCACCAUCACCAUCACCAUCGUCACCAUCACCAUCACCAUCAUCAUCAUCAUCACCAGCAACAGCAACAACACAUCCAGGGCAACGAUUCGGAAGACAAACUGGAAGGUGCCACUUCUGCACAGUCCAAUACAAGACACCGAACCGGAAAGUUCGUCCGAAAAUUAGUCGACGCGUACAACGGCACCACCGUUUGCGGCCACCGCAGCGGGACCAAGUGGGUUAUCGGUUGCCCUGGUGGUUGUUCGAUCGUGCGGGAUCAAGAGGAAGAGAAGCGUAGGAAGGAAGAGGAAGAGGAAAGAGGACGGGCAAGCACGAGUCAUCUCCGCUGGUGGAAGGUGGAGAAGCUGGAGGUGGAAGAGGAAGAAACGGAGGCGGAGGAGGAAGGAGGAGGAGGUGGGGGCGGAGGUGGAGAAGAAGGAGAGGACGAGGAAGGACGGAGAAUGAGAUGGAAGGCGAAGGCGGAGGCGCGAUAA